UUCACUUCAGUUGCAAACCGACGCUGGCAGUGAGCGCGCGUGCCGUCCACCAAAACUUUCUAACUGUAUUAGUGUUACAAACAAGUUAACUGUGUUUUUUGUUGUGUGUGUGUGUUUUAAUCUUAUUCGAUACCCCCAACACAAUAGGUAACAAAACCAUUCAAUAAAUACUACAAAGGGAUAUAUCCAUAGAAGCAAUUGUAAAGAUCGAAAAUUCGACAUCAAUUACUCUGCUUGUUUGUAAAAUGUGACAUAACAAUGGCAGCCACUGACGGGCAAGUCGUGGUCGCAGCGUCGCGCUGGUCUGAUGAGGGCCAUUACCUCCGAGAGUUUGCUGUCAAAAACCGGCUCCCCAGCGUCGCAAAGAUCAUCAAAGGACAGUAUGGAGGCCUCGGUGUACCUACAUUACCAAGUCCAGGCUUACAGAGUACAGCUCUUAUCAUAUCAGCUGGAAAAAGAAGAAAAAUAAUCGCCCAAGCUAUAAAACUAAAAGAUGGACGUCGCAUGGUCAGUGUCGGACCCAGAAUCGCCAUACCAGAUUCUUACAAGGGUUAUUUUGAACUGCUGAGUGAAGAGGGACGGGCUGUGAGAUGUAUAGAGUCAGUAGCGGAGCUAGCUAGACGUAAAUUAGACGAUGGGUGCUUAGUAAGAGAAGCGAUGAGGGUAAUAUGUGCUAAAGUAGAUUUAGAUGGUAAUAUAACCGCUGAUGGUGCAAGAAAUCUACCUUUCGGUGAAGUUUUAAUGCCUAAAGGUGAGACGUUUUUAGGUAAGAACAAAUAUUUGAAGUGCACAGAUUCGAAAGGCGAUAUAAUAUUGUUAAGUUUGGAUCAGCGGGGAAAAUUCUCUGCUAUCGCUAAAGAGGACAACAUCAGUGGUGUGCAUACUGCAAAGACUCUGCUAACUAAACGACUGCCAAUAACCGUAAGAUUAGUACAUGGAACUCCCCCUAGAGGCUUGAAAAGUGCCAGUCAUUUUGUACCAGAGAUUAGACUCUUAUCCAUUUUCGAAGAAGAUCACGUAUUUGCUUUACCGUUACAGAAAGAAGGAAAUUCCCUUAUUGCAUUACCUCUAGCAGCGCCGUUAAAAAUGCUUAGGUGCAAAAACGAAGAACAAAUUAAAAACUUCAUGGAGUUCUCUAGAUUGGUAGAAAAGUGCAAUAGAUUACUGGUAGAUGUAGUGGAUAGGAUUCAUGUAUUAGAUGGAAAACUUGGGGAUCCAAAGAGGCUCCUAAGUGCACCUCUUCAUGCUCCACCAUUGAUAAAAACUGGUUACUUUUUACGACGAAGUGCAUCGUCAGAUUCAGCCAAUCACCACAAGCACAUGAAUAAACAUAAUCAUAUCUACAGCAGUCAUAGAGACGAAAACAGCAUCCCAGAUGAAUACGAUGAAAUAGACCAAAUCUAUGACUAUGUCCGAGGCUUUGCACCUCUCCCGAAGAAUCUAAAGGCUUCUUACACUAAUGAAGUAUCUCGACAUGAAUCGGCCCCAUCAUCCCCAGCCCCUACACCAAUUCAUAUGCCCUUGAUAACAGAAAUAAAGCCCGAACCACCUCCCAUUGAAACCAUACCAACAAAGAAACCAUUGAACCAAAAAGCCGAAAAGAGAUCACGUAAAACUGCCAUUAACCCCCCAGUUAAGGAAAAAGUGUUGAUACCAGCUCCAAAUUUACCUAAACUCUACAUAAAGAACAAUGUCAGUAACAAGAACAGAAUAUUCAGUCAAAAGAGUAACUCUCCUACUAAGGAGGCGCCUAGUCCUGUUACUAGUCCGAUACGACCACUAUCUAAAGGCGAUUCACCGCUUUUCAAUAUACGUUAUAAAAGCUUAUCGAACAUACACCAGGCUAUGGAAAUGGAUGGCACUCUGGACUCCAGUCAUUCUGGUGGACGGACGUCUGGCGAUUCCGGUAAUGGCCCAAAAUUACCAGAAAAAAGGUCAAGAAAGUUGAGUAGACCGAAGUCUUUGACGAACUUAGUGUGGGAGCUUAAAGGUUGCCCAGUUGAAACGAAUGAGAAACCAAAAUGUAGGGUUAAAAGCGACAAUUACAAGAAACUCGGGAAUAAACUCUCCCUCGGAGCGCAGAAGAGAGUUCCAACGCUGUAUCUUUAGUUAUAUCGGUCUCCGCAGUCAUUGAAGAAGACGCGUUUUGACCGACAUAACGAGUGCCCGAGGAUCAACGAAACGGCUAAACAUGACAAACAGCCUACGAACUAAUAAAUUGUUAGAAAUUUUAAGCUACAACGGAUAACAGCGACAUCUAUUACACACUUUAAGAACCAGCUAAAAUUCGUGUUUAGGUUUAGUCACAAUUUGGAUUCAUGGAGUUAGAUGUAUGCUUAUUUUCUAUCAAUUUAUCAGUGAUGGCUGUAUGGCCUUAGUUACAUUUUGAUCUCCUAUUAAUAAUCAUUAUUUAUAAUAAUGCCAUAUUAAGGUAAUGCUUCGGUGUUCUUAGUGUAAGUUUUUGUCCUAUUUAGAAUAUUUCUCUUAAACGUUCGUAUAAACCAAAAACUUGCGGUGCCUUACUAUGUAAUAAAAUUUGAAUUCUCUCUUUGGUCCUUUAGUUUAAGUUUAAAGUCACAAUUUUAUCGAUAACAAUACUUCUUUAUGCAUUUAUCAUUGUUUACAUAUAGAUUAAAAUUGGUGUAAUUAUUUGAUUGAAUGAUGUUGAACACUAUUUUGGCAAGUGACAAAUUUAAUCAAAUAAUAUAUAUCGAAUUAAAUAUUGUUCUACUCCUUUAGCUUUAAGCAAUGAUAAUUUUCUUGGAGGUUCAAAUUUUGUUUAUUAUUUUUUGAAUCUUUAACAAAGUUAUCGUUUUAUUUGUCUGUUGUAUUUGUAAGCCAUUUGCAUAGUUCACAUAUACUUCGAUAAGGGAAUAAAAUGUCGAUAAUAUUUUUACCUUUUUUUGUUAACAACGCCAUCUGUUUUUUGUGACUUGCACUUCAUGUGUAUUGAUAAAUACAUAGAUGUCGUGGUGAUCAAUACUAUCGAUAAAGA